AUGAUGGGUAAGGGUGACAUUGAGGCGGGAAUCCACCAGGACGGCUUCUAUCCGUCGAUGAUAGAGUCGCCCGAGCUCCGGUGGGGAUUCAUCCGUAAAGUUUACACCAUUGUUUCGAUUCAACUUCUUUUCACAGCCGGCUUCACUUCUUUAUUCGUGUUUUUUCCACCCGCGAGGGAUUUCGUUCGUUACAAUGAUCUUCGUAUUGUUGUCUUGAUUGUUGCUGUCAUCUUCACCUUCAUAAUUUUGUUUGCAUUGAGCAAAUAUUAUGAUAAACAUCCUGUGAAUCUAUUUCUUCUUGGUCUCUAUACUCUCUGCAUGUCUGUUACUGUUGGAUUCGUUUGUGCCUUUGCUAAAGCAAUAAUUGUCCUAGAGGCAGCACUUCUAACUGGUGUGGUGGUUCUAAGUUUAACACUCUACACAUUUUGGGCAGUUAAAAGAGGCGAAGAUUUUAGUUUCCUUGGUCCAUUCCUCUUUGCUUCACUUAUGGUAUUGUUAAUGUUUGGACUUAUUCAGAUGUUUUGCCCUCUUGGACCACUUGGACGUAUGGUAUAUGCUGGUUUGGGAGCAUUAAUAAUGUGUGGUUUCAUUGUCUAUGAUACUUGUGACCUCAUUAAAAGAUACUCCUAUGAUGAUUAUAUUUGGGCUGCCAUUGCUAUCUAUGGGGACAUUAUCAACCUUUUCAUGUAUAUUCUUACAUUUUUGAAUGAUAUUUAG